CUAUUGUCAGAAACAUUUUAUUUCAGCCAAGAAUUCUUCUGAGCUGAGUGAAAAUUUGUCGGACAGGAGACAUCAAAUCUGUUUGUUUUUCACCUAUUUUUCCACAUUUUGACAGACCUGACGAAAUUUGUUGAAAUAUCCGUCAGCUUUGAACCAUUAAUUAUCAUUUGGCUGAUUUAUUUUCUAUUUGUAAUAGGUUAAACUGGACUUAAAUGGGGCGAAACCCGUCGUUAGGUUUCAUUGUUGACAUGGGUUACGAGCUCUCGUUCUGACUCGAGCAGAAUUUAUUUUCAACGUUCAUCAAACAUCAAAUUUCUACAGUGCCACUGAUCAGUUUAUCAACAUGACAGAAGUGGAAGAGAGUACAGCUAAAGAACCGGUCGAGGAUGAAUCUGUGGCUCCGAAUACCUACACGAUCCGCCCCAAUUUUCUUAAGAAAUUUCGUCCUGCAGCAGUCAAGGCAGUCAUCCACACGGUACUUAAUGAGGAGCUUUCAGACAAGCAGUAUAGUGCAGAGGAAACAACAGCCUGGUGUAAGCUGAUCAGUGAGAAGAUUAAGGAGAGAUUAAAAGAAUUAGAAUUAGAUCGUUACAAGUUUAUCAUCCAAGUCGUUAUAGGUGAACAGAGAGGCGAAGGUGUCAAGAUGGGCUGUAGGUGUUUCUGGGAUUCUGAUACUGACAACUAUGCACAGGAUAUAUAUAUGAGUGAUUCUCUGUUUUGUGUGGCGGCUGCAUUUGGAGUCUUCUACUACUAGACUGAUGAACGAUAGGACUUCUAGAGAGAGAGAUACCGAGUCUCGACCAGGGACACAGUCUAUCUAGUUCCAAGACUUUAAUUUGGGUCCAAGACCAGUGAGAAGGCCAACUUCCUGGAUUCAGUUUCUGUAUUCUGCUCCCAACUCUGAAUUUUGAGACUUGUUGGAGAUUUCUAUUUUUUAAACAAAGAGAAAGAGAAAAUUGUUAUUCUGAUUCUGAGAAUUCUGAAUGACACAGGAGCUUCUUAUUUCUGUUUUAAGUAGAUUUAUUGGAUGAUAUUUGAGGAUCUUUUAAAAAGUAAAAUUUUGUUUAUACUUUAAAUUUGUGUGUUCUUCUGUUCUAAUACUCUAAUGGUCUAGACAAGUGAAUACCUCAAUUUCAAAAUGUCUUUCACCCACUUUGUUACCUGAAAUUAAUCAAGUAACAUUAUUUUGGAUAAGAUGUAAAGUAUUUGUUAAAAAUAUAUUUAGAAUAAAUAGAAAUUUAGUGAUUAUUUGGGUUAAAAUUGAUGACAUGUUGGAAAUUGCACAUAACACAUCAUACAAAUGUACAAGAAUUCAUAUGUAACAUGAUGAGAUAGCCACCCCCCCCCCUGACCUCGUAUCAAAAGUAGAGAAUUUCUCUAUUAUUUAUUACGAACUAGAAGGAAGCCUACUGAAUCUAAGUGUCUUGAGUGGAUGUGUUGUGUACUUAUGCUCAAAUCUAGUGACCAUUCAGAGAGGAAAUGAAUGAAUUGUUAGUUUCAUAUUUAAUGUAAAUAUGACAGCCUAUAUUUGUAUAUUGUUGAUUUGUUAAUAGAAAUUAUCAAAGUGGGAAUAUCCUUACUUGAACACAACAUUUUGCUUGCAAUCACUUUCUGUAAAGCAAACUCAAGAAAAAAGGGCAGUUUCAUAAACUACCUUAGUACCCCAAUCUGUCCGUGUUUUUAGAUUGUUAUAAUCACUUGUUUCUUACUUAAUUAAUGCACUUCGAAUGGUUUUUGUAAUAGGCUUUUUUUAUUGAUUUCAUUACAUGUCUUGAACUUUUUUUGGCACCAGGUGAAGAUUAAUGUCAGUUCAUGUUUCAUGUUAGAUUUAAGUUGAUAGGAGCCUUACUAUAAUAUCCUGUGAGAUCAUCCUGUUUUUCAACUGUUAAGAAACAGACAAUGAAUAAUAUAAGACUUAACAUGAAAAUAAUAAUUACCUUGACCUGUAAAUUGAUUAAGAUAAUCUAGGUCAAUCCCAUUUAGUUAAUACAGGAUUAGUCUGAUCAUAAUGGGCCCCUCCCUAUUGCCAUGAUAAGGCUGGACUAUGUCCAUUUGUUCUAUAAACAAGUAAAUUUGUUAUCCUCCACCCCUUCCCCCUCUCUAUUUUUUCACAAUCAUUAGUUAUAUAAGUUUAGGUUCCAUUUUACAUGUAUGGUGAAUUCCUUAUGCCAUUCCACAAUUAUGCAGGUACACCCCCCUCACCUAUGUCUGUUAGCUUGUAUAAUAUGUGUUCAUUAUGUACAUAUAAUUAAGUCAGAUGAUUGACACCUGUACAUUUUUCUUGUAAUUAAAUGGUUCCUUUGCUACAGG